AUGGCGCAGGGGACGCUGGAGGUGCUGCUCGUCGGAGCCAAGGGCCUCGAGAACACCGACUACCUGAGUAACAUGGAUCCCUACGCGCUUCUGCAAUGCCGCUCCCAUGAGCAGAAGAGCAGCGUUACAUCUGGCAAAGGAUGUGAACCUGAAUGGAACGAAACCUUUGUGUUCACCGUCUCCGAUGGCGCAACAGAGCUAUUCAUCAAGCUCCUGGACAGUGACGAUGGCACGAAUGACGACUUUGUUGGUGAAGCAACGAUUCCUCUGGAAGCAGUUUAUACAGAAGGAAGCAUCCCUCCAGCUGUUUACAGUGUUGUGAAAGACGAAGAAUACCGCGGAGAAAUCAAAGUUGGUCUCACAUUCACUCCAGAGUUAACUUAUCGCGAUUACAAGAGGCCGUGUGACUGCUGCAUGAUAUCACCUGUCCGCUCUUCCUUUCCCCUGGCCCUGAGGCCUGAACCCUGA